UGGGGAUUGUCCUAUUGGUUAAAGAGCCCAGGGAGAGGAGGAGCCUAAAAUGGGGCUCUCAGCUUCUCACAGUCAAAAAGUCAAGACGGACUAUAUGGCUGCUGGCCUGUACAGCUGUAUAGCCGGGCCACUCUGUUGCACUGACAUUCAGUAGUUUGAUAGACACUUGAAGUGUCGGGUCCUUUUGGCUGGAGAUAGAAAAUGGCUUCGUACACAUUGCGCAUCAACCAGGCGGCGACGGCCCAGCAUCACCACCUACACCACCACAGCAGUGGCCCAGCAAGUCAGGGCUCGUCGUCGGGCGGGAAUUUCUUCAAUGCCAGUGCCGGUCAAGGCACUGCUGGAACGGCCGGCCCCGAUCUCCUCUCCGUCAACACUUACCUGGAACGAUUCUCGGCCGGCGGCGGUGUAAGCGGCCCGUCGAUGAUGGCCUACCAUCACCAGCCGACGGACGUGACGACGAUGGCCAGUGACAAGUUUACCAAUUACUACAACAACAACAACAACAAUCUCAACAACAGCAAUUUGGCUGGGAAUUAUCAGAGACUAACGCCGUCGGCGAUGGACACUCAGCAACAACACCACCACCAACAACAACCACAACAACAACAACAAAGUGAUUAUUUUCUACCGUAUCUGGGCGGAUCGCACCAACAGCAGAUGACGUCUCAUCUGCAACAACAGCAUAUCCAGCAGGAACAACAACAACAGCAACAACAAGAUCAGCAAUGGCCGGUGACUAUGCCGUACGACAAUUGCGCGGCGGCAGCGGCUGCAGCGGCGGCGGCUGCGGCCGCAGCAGCCGCCGACACCUUAAAAAGGUUCUCGGUGACGCGACUCAUCCAGCAUCAUCACCAGAUGGAAUCGCCGUCGGCCAUCGGGAGAAGUUCCGCGUCGACCGGCUGCGAUCCGCUGAGUCACCCGGGGGGAAUCGCCAUCGCCUCGGCCCACCACCAGCCGUCGCCGCCGCUCCAGGCGCACGGACUUUUGCCGUCCGUCAGGGACGAUUCCGAGACGUCGUCCCACGCCACCGACAAGAGCGACGACGAGUCAGAAGCCGGCGGCGAUAAAAGCGCCAAAAAGAGGAGUAGUUCCUCAUCUUCUUCGCCUUCGUCGCCUUUCAUGUCCCACCACCACCACCACCACCACCACUCCCACCAGCGUCACCCGUCGACGGCCAACGUGUCGUCCAGCGGGAGUAGCAAGAAGCCUCGCCGCAACCGGACGACGUUCACCAGCGCCCAGCUGUCGGCGUUGGAGAAGGUCUUCGAGCGGACCCACUACCCGGACGCUUUCGUCCGCGAAGAUUUGGCCAAACGGGUCAGCCUCAGCGAAGCCAGAGUUCAAGUACGUUGUCCCCCCAACAUUUUUGUUGGGAUUUUAUAAAAUUAUUUCUUAUUAGAACACAAGGGCACCACAAGGUCCUUUUUUUCUUUUCUAUGAAACAAUUAUUCAUUUUUUUUUUCCAUACGGAUGGGGGGAGAAAUAACAUUUUUGUAAGAUAAAUGGAACACGGCAACUUUGGUCUUUGAAAUUUUUCUGUGUUGGCCAAAAGUGAAGUGACAACUGUUGGGCUGCGAGACUUAAUGAAGCCAAGACAAAUGUUGUUUCCCUUUCACUGUCGCUUAACCGUUCACUCUCCAUCUCUUUUCUCUCGUCCCCUCUUCUUCUUUUUCAACUGGGGGGCUGUCGGCAUCGCUUCUCGCUAGUAUCUUUCUCUCUUAUAUGUUAUUCUACUCUCUCUCUCCUGUUGUUUUCUGAAAAAAGGAAAAAAUAAGAGAUAACAAAUGAAAAAUGAACUGUGAAAAAAAACGGAACAUUUUGAACCCAAACGGCGGCAGACAGCGCAAGAAAAAAAAAGAGAUCUAUUUCCAGAUUCCGCGUAUUAUAAUAGUAGACGUCGUUGCGGAAAUGCGCAAUCGACACCAUUCCGUCAUAUUUUUUUCUUUUUUUAUAUGUUUGGCGACUCUGAAUACGUUUUAUUCUCUAUAAAAAUCUAAACGCUAAACGGGAUCACACGGCGAGUUUUUAGUUGCGCCACUCGAUCCCCGUUUGAUUGCGCGCACACACAUGACUCUGUCGACGUUAUUAGAAACCCCCCCCCCUUUUUUUUUUAUUCGAUUCUAUUACGUUGUUUGCGUGAAAAAAAUAAAAUAAGAAAUAAAAAAUUCAUCAAACAGAAAAAUUGACGCUCUGGGAGUUUGUCAAGAGAUCAAAAGGUCCGCGCGUAUACACACAUAAUCCGGCGAUCCCGAAAUGUCCCGAAUCGAAUGUCUUUCUCGGACGAUUGCGCCCCGUCAGCAACAAAAUAAAAUAAGAAAAUCAAAACGCGAGAGGAGCUGUAACGUGAUUCUUUCUAUUUUAUUUUUUUUUCCAUGACGCAAAUUCGAUCUCAUCUGCAUGUACAACUCACGAUAUGGCCGUGUUGAAAACAAAAAAGAAUCAAAGCGUGACGAUGUACGUAGAUGUUUGCGGGGGCGCGUGAGCCACGGGAGGCCACAAACGGGAGCACAAAAGUCGCUGGCGAUAAAUCGCAUAUCUGAUUACAUUAAAUAGGCCCCCCCCUCCCCUUCAUCUCUCUCUUUAUUUGUUUAUUAUUUUCGUGCCAAUAUCACAGAAAAAAUAUAGUUGAUGGGUCAAUCUGGGGAUGAUGAUUCAAAGUGACCGGUGUGGGGUCCACAACACAUUCAAAUCAGCUCAAUGCUAAAUAGCUUCAUUAUCGGGCGUUAAAUGUCUAAUCUAACUAUAUAUGCUCCGCCGACAAAAGACGCGCCAAUUUUAAUUUUUAAAAUCAAUCCCAGCAGCAGCAGCAGCACCUCUCAAGGCUAUUGGAAUUCGACUUUUGUACUUGACUUGAAUUCAAUUUAACUUCUCCUACAUCGUACGUGUCAUGGCUACAACAAACAUUUUGAACGGAGAGCGCAAGGUUUUUUAAGACUU